AUGCUCUCCACCCCAAUCCGAACAGGAGCUGGUCUCCUCUUUAAAUGUACAUCAUCCUCCCCUCACAUAUUCUCACAGACGACAACAAAGACGCGAAUCUUCAAACGCCACCUCGGCAUCCCACCUCAAUACCUCCUCGACGACUACACCCCUCGCUACCAAGUCCUCACCUCCGUGCAAACCUCCCAGAAACGUUCCUCGGCCUACCGCCACUUACGCCAAUGCAACCUCUGCCCUCGCCUCUGCAAUGUAAAUCGCUACGAGACUACGGGGGUCUGCCUAAUCGGCGCGUCCAGCGUCAAAGUCAACACAAUCGCGCCACAUAGGGGCGAAGAACCUUGUAUCCAGGGCCACAACGGUUCCGGCGCCGUAUUUUUUUCCGGUUGCAAUCUGCGAUGCGUAUUCUGUCAAAAUCACGACAUCGCGCAUCAGCGAAACGGCUUCGAUCUCACGCCGGAGGAGUUGGCGGAGUGGAUGCUCAAACUGCAGGAUGUGGGCGGCGUACACAAUAUCAAUUUCGUAACGCCGGAGCACGUUGUGCCGCAGGUCGCGUUGGCCAUCUUGUCUGCGCGGGAGAUGGGGCUCAAAGUGCCAAUUGUGUAUAAUACGUCGUCGUUCGAUUCGCUAGAGUCGUUGGAGUUGAUGGAUGGGUUGGUUGAUAUUUACCUUCCUGACUUUAAAGUCUGGGAUCCGGCUACGUCGAGACGGUUACUCAAAGCGGAGAAUUAUGCGGAUGUUGCGCGCGAGUCGAUAAAGGAGAUGUAUAGACAGGUGGGCGAUUUGAGUUUUACGUCUGAUGGGGUUGCGAAGAGAGGGGUGCUUGUGAGGCAUCUUGUUAUGCCGGGGAAGGAGGAGGAAGGGAAGAGGAUAAUGCAGUGGUUGGCGGAGAAUGUGUCGAGGGGUUUGUAUGUGCAUGUUAUGGAGCAGUAUCAUCCUGAUGCGCAUGUAGGGAAGAAACGGAGGACUAGACGUGUCACUGAGCCCGGCGGGAUAGAGGAGGAAGGAGGAGAGGUUAGGUAUGCGGAUAUAAAUAGAGCGGUCACGGAUGAGGAGUUGGGGUCUGUCAGAAAGGCAGCUGAAGAUGCUGGCUUGUGGAGGKUUUGUGAUGUUUCGGACAAACCUGGGUUUCACUUAUGA